UGUGACUCUUCUAUUCCAGCUAAAAGCUAAACACUCAAUGCAAUUGGCAGUUUCUUAUAAGAGUGAACCAAUCCGUAAGAAACGUCAUUAUAAAUGGCCACCAUAUAACGUUAAACGUAUAAAGUGAUCGUUCUAUCAGUGUUACGACGACUACGGUCUAAGGGCGAUAAAAAUAAAUUUUAUAUAAAUGUGACAGCUUAGUGAUGUGCGGAAUGCUAGCUUCAAAUUUUUGCUGCAUUCUUGUUUGGACUAUUUAUUGUUUUUUACAAGUUCAUUCUAAGGAAUUCCAUAUUAUUUUGUCAAACAAUGGACCCGUUGUGUCUGGUGGUACAAUUACAAUCAGAGCAGAUUUGUAUAAUCCGGAUGGUUACCGACCAUCAGGCACUUUCAGAUAUACAUGGACCGAUGAUGCUCUCAUACCUCAUAAAAGUGUAACAGGGUUAAUAAAAAAUACAACAGUAUAUUGGAAUUUGACCUAUCCUCAAGAUAAAUAUUCUGUAGGAACUUAUAAAGUUGAAGUAUUAGUUCAAAAAUAUUUAUUGUUUUAUUGGCAAAAUUUAACCAGUGGUCGUACGAGUUUCGAUGUAACUCCACUUCUUAAUGGUAAUAUAACAAUAUCACAAUCAAAUAAAACAUUGAAUGAUAAAUUUGUUUCAACUGCAUAUGAAACACAAUUUGGUAUUGAUAUACGUAAAGGAGAUUAUGAUUUUAUAACAGAAAAAGCAACAUCUAUAUCAAUUUAUUGGUUCAUUGAUUGCCGAUAUUAUGGACAAACUAAUGAUUUAAAUUUUUCUUAUAAUUUUACAAAUUCUAAUAAAUCCUCUGCUAUAUCAGCAUUGGUAAUUGCAUCGUAUGAACCUAUAGAAUCGUCCACUACAACUACAGUUGCUACUGUAUUACCAUCGAACACUACUUCAAAUAUUUCUUUAAUAAAUACCAAUGGAAGUACUGUCUUAUCAACCACUACUAUAUCGCCUACAACUGUAUUACAUAUAAAUACAACGAUAGCAACAUCGAUGACAAUUAUGCCUGCGUUUAAUUCAACCAUAAUAAAUACUGGAAAUAUUUCAUUUCCAUAUAUUUGCCAAAAUACAACUGCUAUAGCUCCAGAUCCAAAUAAAACAUAUGGUUAUUUCACAAAAGAAAUUUUUGUUCGAGCACCUAUAACAAAUAUCACAAUCAAGGGUACGGAUUGGAUUCAGCCUUGGGACAUGUUAUCUCUUAAUGCAACUUGUAAUGGUUCAGGACCAUUUUAUAAAUGUUUGGAAUUUCAUCAAGGCAAAUAUAAUGUAACUGGUAAUGAAACAUGCGAAUAUGUAGAUCAUUUACCAUCAUGUAAUUUUUCUAUUGUCCGUUAUUUCUUUGAACCUACCGAAUAUACAAUUUUGGUUAUAAUAAGCAAUGAUGUCAGCAAACAAAUUUAUCCUAAAACCAUAACUGUUUACAAAGUAACACCAAAGCCACAGUUGUCUGUUAUCGUCGUUCCUGUUUCUUGUACCCUUGUAGCUGUUGUUUUAAUAGUAUUUGGCGUGGCAUAUUACAUCCAAAGUAGAUCAAGAUUCACAGUUGAAGUUGCAGACUUUGACUUUGGCCAAAAUAAUCCUGAGAUGGAGUAUAAAACGUUUACAGAACGAUUACGGGAUUCAUUUAACAAUGCUGUAAGACCAGAAAGCAAACAUAUAAGUGUACGAGCGCCACAUUAUGGCAGCAUGAACUACAGAAAAAUAUAAAAUGCAUCAUUUAAUCCAACCACUAUUAACAAUAAAAGGAUAUAAACCACUUAAAAAUUCAAAUACUUUACAAACAUAACAUUUGUAAAACAUAAAAAAAAGUCUACAAUACAAACUUUGAAAGUUUGUAAGGAGUACUUUUAAUGUUGAAAGCAAGUGUACUUCUACAAUGAGCCAAGAAGUCCAAGUAUGAAGAGGUUUGUUGAAUUUUAUGCAGCAGUAUUUCUAGAUAAUAAUGCUGUUUCAUAUAAAAUUAGUUUAAUCAUUACUCACUGUAACCAUUGUGAUCAUUCCGGAGUGGAUAUGAAAAACAUGACAUCAAGAUUCCGCAUAAAUAUUAUAUACAUCUAAUAAGGAAAACACACUGGACAUAUUUUAUGAAGAUCAGUGUAAAUUCAAUCACCAUUAUGUGAUGGAUAAGAAAGUAUGCGCCAUUCCAACAUAAUUUUUCCAACAACAUGAAAUUUAGAAAUAAGUCUAUGUCCACGCAAUAUAUAUAUGUGUAUAUAUAUAUAUAUAUAUAUAUAUAUAUACACAUAUAUAUGUAUAUAUAUAUAUGUAUGUAUAUUAUAAUUUAAUAAUAAGUCUCUUAUGUAAGUCUAAUUUGUGCACAAAGAAUUUUUUUUAUGUCUGAACAUAUUUAUUUUUUUAUUUUCUCAUACAAAAAAAGUAUAGAAUUGUAUAAUUAUAUGUUUUUUUUUUUUUAUUGUUUAAUCAAUCUAUUGUUUUUUCUUUUUUUUUUCUCUUUUUUCUUUUUUUUUUAUGACAAUCCAUAAAGACAAUCCGGUCUGAAAAAGUAAUCAUAGUAUGAGCAAUUUGUUAAAAAUAAUUAUCAAUAAUUUAAUCAUAUUCUAAUAAUUAUAUUUAUAAAAUAAUUAUAGGCGAAUAUACAAAUUAUUUUUCGUGCAAAAUUAAUCUUAUAUAUAUAUAUA